AUGACAAGGAGUCUGAAUAAACUGCAUGAGAAGCCAAGGGUUAUAGGCUAUAGAACGCCAAAAUGGAGUCCUCAAAUCAAUCAUCUAUCACAUGCUGAUGAUACAACCUUAUUCUGCUCUGGAGAUGGAUACUCAUUAAAGAAAAUGAUGAAGAGGCUGAGGAAGUAUGAGAAGGCAUCAGGACAGCUGGUCAAUACUGAUAAAAGCUGCUACUAUACUCAUCAUAAGGUAUCUGCCAGGGUCAACAAUAAGAUCAAAAGACAUACUAAAAUGAGAAAUGGAUCUUUUCCUUUCACAUAUUUAGGAUGUCCAGUGUUUUAUGGGAGAAGAAAGCUAAUUUAUUAUGAAGAUCUGAUAAAAAAGGUGAUGAAGAGGAUUCUAUCUUGGCAAAAUAGACUGUUAUCUUUUGGAGGCAGAUAUGUGUUGGUAAAUAAUGUAUUAAAAACCAUGCCUGUGUAUUUAUUAUCAGCUAUGAAUCCUCCUGCUGGGGUAAUAAGGCAGCUUCACAAGAUAUUUGCAAACUUUUUUACGGAGCAAUACUGUGGGGGUAAAAAGCAAACACUGGGUGGCAUGGGCCAAUCUAUGUCUACCAAAGGAUGA